GCACUUUCAAAGCAAGUUUUAAAUGCUUGUAGUAAAUUAAUUAUGCCCGGUUUCGCAUCAUCGUGGUUCUACUUUCGUGCUGUCCUUAUAAUAUAUGUAGGAGGUGGAUUCUACGCAUCAUUUGAGUUGGGAAAGUUCGAUAUCCCUACUUCAUAUGA